CCCCCCUCUCUUCCCUCCUUCUCUCUCUCUCUCUCUCUCUCUCUCUGCUCGGGCACUGCAGUGCUGAUUGUGAUUGCACACACACUCACAUGCAAGCACACGUACACACACACACACACACACACACACACACACAGGAGCGUAGCUGAGAGGCAAGGACUGCAGCAGCAUGCACCAACCGCGGCUGAGCUGCUCGGGCACACGAGGAAGGAGAACGGAGGAGAGAAAAUAGUGUGCUGUCUCACACCAGCCUGCGUGUGCAUCUUUGCAGCGGGGGGAACGAUGCAUUUCAAGAGCAGAUAGCUUAUGUUAUCCGGACUCCUCUGCACUGCCUCUGCAUCCCAUUCACCCUGCUCCUCCCACUCCAACUCUUCCUCCUCCUCCCGUCUACAGCAUCAUUAGACAGGACUACAGAUUGACCGGGACUGGCAAGCGGUGGAUGGUCAGGUUUGCCCCAGCUGAAACAUUUGUCUGUGGCUAUGCUACAUUUACACCUUCAGUGAUGGCUGGAUUGUAAUCGACAUUUGGAGCUAGAAGAUAACCGGCAAGGAAUCUUGGAUGUGUGUGUCAUUCUUUACCAGUGUUGUCAUUGGCGCAUUUCCUCUAUUUCGCUGGUUGUUUUUGCUUUCUCUGAGACUGGCUAGCAGGCACUGCAGCAUCAGGACCGCAAGACCCAUGAAGCGGUAGGGCAUGAGGACCCAGGGGCAACCCAAAGGAAGGGCUUGAGUGCUUCCAUUGCUACCACUGCUGCUGAGGUGCUUAUCUUGAUUUUUUUUUUCUCCAGAAAAGGGUGUCUGGUGGGGGUUGGGGUGGGUGGUGACAGCACAGGUACCCAGGCCCCUGCAGAGCAGAGCGGGUGGCUCUUGCGUCGAGGCAGGCAGGACGUCCUGUGGGAAAGGGGGGGAGAAGGGCUGGCUCGAGCGUUGGGCUCCUGAUGGUGGCUAUUUUUGUCUUCCCUAGCUGAGUGAUUGGGACAGCGGGUGGAAGAGAAGAUGCUUAUGGCCCGAGACACAGCGCGGGAUGAGGCUCAAAAGCUACACAGGAAGUGGCUAAAGCACCAGGCCUUUAUGGCCGAACUGGCCCGCAAUAAAGAAUGGCUGGCCAAGAUAGAACAGGAGGGUCAGGAGCUGAUCCAGGAGAAGCCGGAGCUGCGUUCAGUUGUUCAGCAGAAGCUGGAGGAGAUCAGAGAGUGCUGGUCCGACCUGGAGAGCACCACCAAGGCCAAGGCCCGCCAGCUCUUUGAAAACAACAAGCCUGAGCCGGCAAUGAAGAGCUACUCAGACCUCGACAACCAGCUCUCCCACCUGGAGCAGCAGCCUCCCCAGCUGGAACAGGCACACCAUCUGCCCACCUUCAAUGAGCAGCUCCAGAAAUUCCAGGCUAUGGAGUCUCAGAUAGGGGACUUUUACAAGGAUGUGGGAGAGCUGGGAAGCUUGCAGGGGGUCUGCCUACCCCAGCGAGGGCUGAUGGCAGGUGACAGGGAGGGUGCAGAGCAGUCAGGCGUGGUAGAGACCCGCAUCGUCCGCCUCAUUGAGCCCCUGAAGGAAAGACGCCGCAUCCUGCUGGCCUCAAAAGAGAUGCACCAAGUCGCUCAGGACCUGGAGGACGAGAUGCUGUGGAUUCAGGAGAGGCUUCCCUUGGCCUCCUGUAAGGAUUAUGGGAAUAACCUCCAAAGUGUACAGCAACAUGUAAAAAAGAACCAGACCCUCCAGAGGGAGCUGACAGGGCGGCGGGCUCGUGUUGAGGAGGUUCUGGACCGGGCGGGGAUAAUCGCUUCACUGAGGACUCCUGAGGUGGAGUUUGUGCGUGAAGGGGCAGGGCAUGUGCGCCAGCUCUGGGAGGUUUUACAGCUGGAGACGGAAAGGAGGUCUGUGAUGCUGGACGCCACAUUGCAGUCUCAACAGUACUACAAUGAGGCGGCCAAAGUGGAGUCCUGGCUGUCAGGUCAGAAGCUCAAUCUGGUCAAUGAAGAAAAAGGCACGGAUGAGGCGAGCACCCUGCAGCUGCUGAAGGCCCACCUGGCUCUAGAGCAAACAGUGGAAACAUAUGCAGAGACAGUAGGCAUGCUAUCCCAGCAAUGCCAGCAUCUACUGGAACUUGGACACCCAGAAAGUGAGCAAAUCACCAAGCAGCAGUCUCACAUAGACCGGCUGUAUGUGUCUCUGAAGGACAUGGUGGAGCACAGGAAGACCAAGCUGGAACAGCAGUACUGGCUCUAUCAGCUCAACAAGGAGGUGGAGGAGUUAGAGAAGUGGAUCACUGAGAGGGAGGCGGUGGCCAGUUCCACUGACCUGGGUCAGGACCUUGAGGAUGUCACGGUGCUUCAGGAGAGAUUCACCAAGUUUGCCUCAGAAACCAACAGCAUUGGCCAGCAGCGCAUGGAGCAGGUGAACAAAAUGGUGAACGAGAUGAUUGACUGUGGCCACUCGGACGCAGCCACAAUCGCUGAGUGGAAGGACGGACUGAACGAGUCGUGGGCCGACCUCCUAGAGCUGAUGGAGACCCGCCGACAGAUGCUGGCAGCAUCGCACCAGUUGCACAAGUUCUUCACUGACUGCAAAGAGGUCUUGGCUCAGAUUGCAGGGAAGAUGAAGCAGCUGCCAGAGGUGAGGGCAUGCCAAGCCAACAUCACCAAUCCAGCCACCCUGCAGAGACUCAUGCACUCCUUUGAGCAUGCCCUUCAACUCCUAGUAGCACAGGUGAGGCAGCUGCAGGAGAACGCUGCCCAGUUGAGGACCAUCUAUGCUGGUGAGAAGGCUGAGGCCAUUAUGGUCAAAGAGCAGGAAGUGAUGGAGGCGUGGAAGGAGCUGCUGAGCUCUUGUGAGGCCAGUCGCGUCCAGGUCACUUCAGUAACCGACAAGGUUCAGUUCUUCUCAGUUGUGCGUGAAAACCUGAUGUGGAUGGAAGGCAUCAUGGGCCAGAUUGGAUGGGAUGAGCCCCGAGAUUUGACGGCUCUGGAGGUGAUGAUGAAACAACAUCAGGAGCUGAAAGCCAAAAUAGACGGCCGCAGCAAGGCUAUACAGCAGUGUGCAGAUCUUGGCAAGAUCCUGAUAGCUGCAGGCAACCCUGCAUCUGAGGAGAUUAAAGAGAAGUUGGACAGUCUUCUGGCUAAGCAGAAGGAUCUUGUUGAAAAAUGGGACAAAUACCAGGAAAAGUUACAGCGCAAGCAGGAAAAGUUCCAGUUUGCCCAAGAGACAGUAAAGGCGGAAGCCUGGCUGAAGGCCAAGGAGCCGCUGAUCACGUCCAAGGAGCCAGAGGGAGGAGAGGCCCGGGCCCAAACAGACGAGGUUGAGCAGCUCAUCCUUCGCCACGAGGCCUUCCGCAAGGCUGCGGUAACCUGGAAAGAACGCUUCAGCUCUCUCCGCCAGCUUUCCGCAGCUGAGAAGAAAAAAGAGGAGGAGAAAAAGACAACCCCGCUCUCCAGCCGAAGGAUGUUCCCAUUAUCUUGUCUGACUCCCUGUGUUCCCUCAACCAGUGCUACCUCAUCUUUCUUGAGGCAUACGGUACAGGCACACAUAGAACCCAAACCCUUACAGACCAGUCUGGAUUUGGGUGCCACCCCUGCAACCCAGAGAUUGUCCUCAACCCUCUCCAGCUACAACCCAGUUUUAAAUGGAUCAGGCUACCAUGGACUGGAGCAGCAGUGCAGCGGGAAGUUGGUGAGCUCCUCAUACCUUGGGAUGAACCACCAGGUGGCCGGGGCUGGAAGUGACUCUGGUUUCUCUGCGCUGACCUCCCACAGUGUUGGAGCAGACACUUCUACUUACCUUGGGAUAAGCCAUCAAACUGCUGGCAGUGCAGAGAGCUCUGGUUACUUUGGACUGACUACUGGAUGUGUGGGCGGUAUGCAGAACAAUCUAGGCAGUGGCAGGUUAGGAAGUUCAGGUAACAUAGCUCAGCAACCAAGCAGUGGAGGUAUGGGAAGUCCUGGCUUUCUGUCUCAACAGAAUAUGGGCAGUUCUGGAUACUUGGGACAGCAGCUUAAUUUGGGGAGUUCAGGAUAUUUGGCACAACAGCCUAACUUGGGGAGUUCUGGUUAUUUGGCACAACAGCCUAACUUGGGAAGUUCUGGGUAUUUGGCACAGCAGCCUAAUAUGGGGAGUUCUGGGUAUUUGGCACAGCAGCCUAAUAUUGUGAGUUCUGGAUAUCUAGCGCAGAAUUAUCAGAGCAGUGGGGGAUUGGGUAGCUCAGGCUUUCUGGCACAAAAUCAUUACAGCAGUGGAAGUCUGGGUAGUUCUGGUUACCUGGCACAGAGUGGUGGUAUCAUGGACCCUAAAAUGGCGUAUGCAUGGCAGCACCUGAAAGCUGACUUCAUUCAGCCCAGGAUCAACCACAUUCACAAGGCUGUAAACCCACUCCUAGAAGCCAGCAGAGUGCAGCGGGAACAGUUUGGGGACAUCCCAAUGGCAGACAUGGUGGGCCCAGAGUCAGGGCUGGAGCUGCUCCACGGCCGUCUCCAGAGGGAUCCCCGUGGCAGCCGCUCUGAUCCUCAGAUGGAUCAUCUGAGGCGAGAGAGGGAGUACAAGCUGGGUAGACAGACUUCCAGCGAACAGGAGAUCCAGGCCAGGCUGAACGAGCUGCCGCUGAUUGUGCGUCAGGAGCGUUACCGGAGGCGCCUGGAGAGACAGUCGUCCAGUGAACAGGAGGGAAGCAGCAAGCAGAGGCUGCAGAGGCAGGACUCAAGCGACCUGGAGGGCUCUGUUAAGGAGGGCUCUGACAAACGCUCGGGGGACAAGAGAUCUACCAUGGCAGAGAUUGUAGAACAGGUCCAGGAGAGAGAAGCAGCACAGGCGCGAGGAGAGCCUUAUCGUCCUCCUAGCAGCCUCUCAGCACCUGUCACUCGUUUUGAUGGACGUCCUCGUGCCCGAGACCGCCCCAAACCGAGGAGGAGGCCCCGUCCAAAAGAGCCCGAGGAGACACGACGUUCUCGCUCAGCUCCAGCUACUGGUGCCCCAACGACACCUCAGCCACCUUCACACACUGCCCAUAAUGAAGGCUUCCUCUACCGCAAAACGGCCACCACCUCUGACCUUGAAGCUCAGCAGAGAAGCCCUAACAGCAAGUCCUGGGUGAACGUUUAUUGUGUGCUGAAAGAGGGAAAGCUGACCUUCUACAAGGAUGCUAGGAACCACAACACGACGUACAAUGAAGAGCCUCCCGUUGACCUUAGUAACUGCUCAUUUGAUCCUUCGAUGGGAUACAAGAAGAAGAAAAAUGUUUUCAUUCUUCAAAUAAAUGAUGGAAACAACUUUGCAUUCCAUGCAAAAGAUGAGGAGGACCUGAAGGCUUGGACUUCAAAUAUCACCACCUGUAUAGCUGAGCAUGAAGCCAUGGCCAAGUGGGACAAGCCAGGGACAUCGUCCAUGGACCCCGACGGUUCGGAGAGGAAGGAGAAGUCGGAGGGCGACGCAGAUGCCAGGUCAGAGAGGUCCGAGCUCGCCGAAGGGGAGGAGAGGUCUGAGAAGGAGAGGUCAGAGAAAGGGGAUGGCUCUGAGAAGUUAGACACGUCAGAAAUUGCAGACAAAUUGGAUGGCGGGGCAGGGGGCUCCAGCACAUCUGGAAAGAGCAAAUGAGGAGCCCCUUUAGCAUUACUCACUGACAAAAGGUGUAGGAGGUGGUGGGUGGGAGGGAUGGAUGGAGAGCAUGUGCAGCUAGGUUUGAAGAUCCUCAGUCACAGAGCUGGAACACACUGAGGCCAUGGUCCUUGGACUGACUAUUGUUACUGUGACAGACUAAACUCUCAGCCCCUCCCCUCCUUCACCCAGCCAAUACAUCAGUGCUUGCAUUGUGCCACCUACUGGUAGACAGGAGGUCGGCACAGACAGACAGACAGACAGACAGACUCCAACAAGUGGUCCCAGAUUAGCCACUGUCACGUCCCAUUGAUGAUCGUUUAAUCUCUUGGACUCACAGCAUCUUUCUGUAUGUAUCUUUGACUGAUAAUGUAAUGCUCUGUCUAGCUAGACAAACCUGAGAAGAGGUGAAUGAAAUGUUUCACAAUAUUAAAAAGGAAAAAAAAAACAUUUUUGAAGCAAUAUACUUUUUUAUUUCCUCUCUUUGUUAAAGAGAGAAAAAGGGAAAAGGAAACAAGAAAUAAUUGCAAAUGUGAACUCUAUGAUUUGUCACAUCCAUGUAAACUCCAGGCAGUUGUGCACCUUAGACACUUGACACAUCUGUAUACUAAUCAUAAAGACAUUUAAUCCCAUCACAUGGCUAGCUUUGACUCAUCUUAAUAUAAUGGAAUGCUGGUGUUGCCCACCUGACUUCAUUGUGUCAAUGAAUACACAUUUCUACAGUUUAUUUUCAGUUAUUAUUAUUAUUAUUAUUAUUAUCAUUAUUAUUUGUAUACAAUGAUCCAUGUCAAGAAAAGAGCUUUCCAUCAAAUUCUAAUCCAUUAUCCCAAGGUGUUUUCAAAGUGGUAAUGUUCAAAGUGACACUCAGCCUGUGUGACACAAUGCCUUUGUAUACAUGACAAAAAUCAGAACAUUGCAUGAAAUAGUCUAUUAGUGCACCUGUUAAACUUGCCUUUAUUUUUAUGUUUUUGAAAGCAGUUUUGGAAUUGCAAUAACUUAAGUGGGGGAAAUGAAUCUGCUAUCGUGGUCCACUUCUCAAAAUUCAGAGGUAAGUUUGACAAAGUAGGGUUGUAUUCUAUCCAUCACAGUAAGCAUGAGAAGAAA